GUUCCAGUAGCGCUGCAGAUGGCUUCGUUUCCAGACUCGGACCUGCAGACCUGCCCGCUCUGCAAGGAGCUGUGCGGCUCCUCUGCUCCUAUUUCCUCCAGCUCUUCUACCUCUUCAUCUUCCUCACAUACCUCGUCCUCCUCCAGCCAGACCACCAGGAGGCUCCACGUCCUGCCGUGCCUGCACGCCUUCUGCAGGCAGUGCCUGGAGGGCCAGCGCAGUCCCGGGGACCCGCUGAAGCUGCGGUGCCCCACCUGCGACCAGAAGGUGUGCAUCUCCGAGGCCGGAGUGGACUCCCUGCCUUCCUCCAACUUCCUCUUCAGCAACCUGCUGGACGUGGUGGUGAGCUCCGAGGAGCAGAUCCAGAACAAGAACGGCCACCACCACCACCGGGGAGGCCUGGGCGGAGGCUCCUCCGGCUUCCAUCACCCCCACACAGGCCUGCUGCACCCCAACUUGGGGGAGCCUCAGUGCAGCUCCUGCGAUGAGGAGAACCCCGCCACCUCCCACUGCCUUGACUGCCAGGAGUACCUGUGUGACAACUGUGUGCGGGCGCACCAGAGGGUGCGGCUGACCAAGGACCACUUCAUCGAGCGCCUGGGGGAGAACCUCCACCUGGGCCGCAUCAACGUCAACAGCAACCCGGGCCAGCCGGGGGUGUCGGUGUCCCUCGCCCAGUCCCUGCAGAACAACUUCGCCCUGCUGUCUCUGUUCCAGGACCACAUGAGCUUCUGCCAGCACCACGACAAUGAGGUGUUUCUGUUCUUCUGUGAAUCCUGCUCGGUGCCUAUCUGUAGGGAGUGCAGCGUGGGCCGUCACAUCGGCCACACCUUUGUUUAUCUACAAGAUGCUGUGCAGGACUGCAGGGCCAUCACCAUCCAGCUGCUGGCAGACGCACAGCAGGGACGUCAGGCAGUGCAGCUGAGCAUGGAGAAGGUCCAGGCCAUGGCGGAGCAGGUGGAGAUCAAAGCCAAGGUGGUGCAGACUGAAGUGAAGGCCCUCGUGCUCAGACACAAGAAAGCGCUGGAGGAGAGAGAGUGUGAACUACUGUGGAAGGUGGAGAAGAUCCGUCAGGUGAAGGCCAAGUCUCUGUACCUGCAGGUGGAGAAACUGCACCAGAGUCUGACCAAGUUGGACAGCACCAUCGCUGCCGUCAGCCAGGUGCUGGAUGAAGGCCGCCACCUGGACGUGCUGCUGGCCAGGGAGCGAAUGCUCACCCAGAUCCAUGAGCUCAAGGCUCUGAGGGGCCUGCUGCAGGUGCAGGAGGACGACCGCUUCAUGUUCACCCCUCCAGACCAGGCUCUGUACAUCGCCAUCCAGUCCAUGGGCCUCAUCAGCAGCGGAGCCUUCGCCCCAGUCACCAAAGCCCACGGUGAGGGUCUGAAAAGUGCGCUUCGUGGCAAGCCCGCCUCCUUCACUGUGAUCGGAUAUGACCAUGACGGCGAGCCACGUCUCUCAGGCGGGGACACGGUGUCUGCAAUAGUCAUGUCGGUCGCAGACGGCAACCUGUCUGCAGCGGACGUAACGGACCACCAGAACGGCUCGUACACCGUCAGCUACCUGCCCAAAUGCGAGGGGGAGCACCUGGUGUCGGUGCUGGUGUGUAACCAGCACAUCCAGGGCAGCCCCUUCAAGGUGAUGGUCAAGUCAGGGCGGAGCUACGGCUCCCUGGGCUCCCAGGUGUCGUCUUUCGGGUGUGAGGGGGAGGGAGACGGUCAGCUGUGUCGUCCCUGGGGCAUCAGCGUGGACAAGGAGGGAUAUGUUGUGGUGGCUGAUCGCAGCAACAACCGCAUACAGAUAUUCAAGCCUUGCGGUGCCUUCCACCAUAAGUUUGGCUCUCUGGGUUCUCGGCCUGGUCAGUUUGAUCGUCCAGCGGGGGUCGCGUGUGACAGUCAGAGACGAAUCAUUGUGGCUGAUAAGGACAAUCACCGUGUGCAGGUGUUUACUUUUGAGGGCCAGUUCCUGCUGAAGUUUGGGGAAAAGGGUACAAAGAACGGGCAGUUCAACUAUCCCUGGGAUGUGGCUGUCAACUCUGAGGGUAAGAUCCUGGUCUCCGACACCAGGAACCACCGCGUGCAGCUCUUCGCCCCUGACGGCUCUUUCCUAAACAAAUACGGCUUCGAGGGGGCCCUGUGGAAACACUUUGACUCUCCCAGAGGAGUGGCCUUUAACCACGAAGACCACCUGGUGGUGACCGACUUCAACAACCACAGGCUCCUGGUCAUCCGGCCGGACUGCCAGUCGGCCCGCUUCCUGGGCUCCGAGGGCACCGGGAACGGGCAGUUUCUGCGCCCCCAGGGCGUCGCCGUGGACCAGGAGAACCGCAUCAUCGUGGCCGACUCCCGCAACCACAGAGUCCAGGUGUUCGAGCCCAAUGGAAACUUCUUAUGCAAAUUUGGCACACAGGGGAGCAGCUUUGGACAGAUGGAUCGCCCCUCCGGUGUGGCUGUGACGCCUGACGGAGUCAUUGUGGUUGUUGACUUUGGAAAUAAUCGCAUCCUCAAGUUCUAAAAAAAAAAAGAAAAAGUUUAUUUUUGCAUUCUCUCCCUCUGUUUGGCCUUUUGCAGUUUUCUCGAUGAAGGAAAUGGAGGCGAGAGAAUGAAUCAACAGACACAACAGGAGGCGAGCUCAGAGAGGAUUGAGAACACGCUGAAGUGAAGGGAAAUUAAAACUAUAGAUUUUUUUAUUUACAUCGAUACCCUCCCAAUCAGAUCUCUGUGGUGUGUGUGACAAAGGGGACCUCUACAAAUUGAUAAUCAGUAGAAAAAGAGCCAUAUUUCCCUUCCUCCUCCUCAGCGGCUCUGAGUUCUCUCUGCCAGCUCUCCUUAAGUAUCCAUCUCAGGGAUUUUUUCACUUUUUAUCCUCUGCUCCAUACCUACCUCAUUUAGCUCUUUAUGAAUGUACUCAUAGUCACCGAGCAGAGGUUUUAGUCCGUGAAGUUUUACAAAGAAGAAAAGUCUACCUCUAUACUUUGUUAUUUAAGAGAGACAAAAAAAAAGACUGUUCAGUUGAUAUUUGCACAGGAUUAAAGGAAUACUUGCUGUGCAUUUUGAAAUAUGAGUUAAAGUGAACCUCCUGAAUGUUGUUGCUGAGACAAUACUCAGACCGCUGUAGAGGCUGCAUGAUUUAUUCUCAUUAGAGGGCUUCGCUCGGGGAGGAAACUAGGGUACAGUAGUGUCCUUUCAUGUUUUUAGGCUAGUUAGUUUUUGGCUUACGCAUCAACCCUUGUCUCUUUGUGGCUCUGUGGAGUUUGUGUGUCAUGAGGAGUGUGCGAAGCGAUGCCAAAAUAGAUAGAAUCAGAAUUAGCUCAGGUCACCGUAGGACUGGUCGAGAUGAUCGGUGCCUCGCAGGCUCUCCCUCUAGCUUUACUGACUUAUGCUGAUUGGAUGAAUUUAUUGAUGAGUAAAAAAUAUAAAUUUAAGGGAAAUCAUCUGCAAAAUGAUCCCUGAAAGAAGUCCUGAAUAAGUAGCCCUGUAAUAAAAGAAUCCAAAGUGUCUGAUCAUCUCCCCCCCCCUCCCCCCAGCUCAUAAGACUGGAUGAUAAAACAAGACGACCUGUGUCGCUCCUGUCCCGUCGGUUACAUGAACAACUAAGAUGCAAAGACAAGUAUGCAAGGAGAGCAGCGCCUCCUCGGCAGGGAGGAACCCACCAAAGGAUUUUGGUGAUGAAUUUUCAAAGAUCUGGAUCUAUUAGCGAUCUUAUCGUACAGAUUAAAUCAUUGAAUUGAAUGACACCUUUUUGAUGAGGUAUGCUGUGUGACAAAAGCCUCACAAGUUAGACACCUAAUUUGGCUGUCCAGAGGAUGUUAAUGACAUCAAAUUAAAGGCCUAACAUUACAAUCCUUUGGCUUUGUGGUUGAAAGCCACGCCCCCUGGCUCCUAGGGCCGAGAAUCGAGUCCAACGAGAGGGCACGAUCACAAAGCCCUGCCCUAUUUAUUGACGCGUGGAGUUGAGGAGACAUCUCCAGAGUGAGUGCUAGUAGACCGAUUCCUCUAAAGACGGAGGUCUAUAGAUCGACCACUGGAGUCUACCAAAGUUAGAAUUUCUGCACAAUGGCCAACUGUAGAUUAAAAUAUUCCCCUUUAAAAACUUUUUCUUGAAUAAUCAUUGUUGCUGGGAAGUCUGAAGUUCAUAAAAGGCGUGGAGUUGAGUUCAUAGCACUGUCCGUGUUAGGCUUAGAAGAAUAACUGUGCUUGGGUCACAGUUUAUUGUGCAUGAGGACUUUCACAUCCCGCUGCUGUGUGAGGCAGGUCUGAAAGUUGUGUAGAGAACAGAAGAUACCCGCACCAAAGAGAACCCCUUUGUCCCCCUCGCAUUUAUCGCCUCAGCCCAGUUUUCUCAUUAUUAGACAGCCCCUUGUUUCCCAGUCUAAUUACUAUAGAAACUAAUAGCUACUAACUCUUUGUGGUGAAAGCAUUGUGGGGUUCUGAAUCCCUUUGCCCUUUGUCCAAAUCUGUGUCCCACUGGAAGCACUAGACAAUUAUGGUUCUGCUAGCCACUUCCUCAGCCUAGCAAAGAAUCUUGGGACCUCUGGAAAGAUCGACUGGCCGGCCCUCGCCUCUGAGGAGAGGGCCCGUCUGCACAUGGUCAGUAUUUGCAUCGUCAUAUCUCAGAUAUUACGUACGGUUUCACUUCCUUUCUCAUAUACCUCGACUCCUGAAUACCUCACUCAUAGCUGCUGUGCAUUUAAACAUUCAAAUACCUCAACGUGUUACAUAUUCUGAAUACCUCAUAAUGACUCUUUUAUUUAAGCAUACCUCGUCAGAUAUUUAUGCACGACAAAUAUACCUCAUUCUGUGAAGCUUCUUGUGUUACAGUACAUGUCCCACAGCUCUAGGACCAAAGAUCAUGGUACCAUCUCGAGUUCGAAGAAAGUUUGUGUUAAUGGUCAUCGUUCCAUCUCGCAGCCCUGAGCAGCUUUUUGUUUGUUGAAUCUACUGUAAAAAAAAAAAAAAAAAAAAAAA